AUGAAACUUAUACCUUCAGUAUACCUUCUUAUUAAUCCUAAUAAUUCGAAUACUACAUUUCACUCUGAACAACUUGCUAUCUUUAUUAGGCUUGAAUAUUUUGUGAACACAUCUUCUUUAAUGCAUAUGCCUGAUUUAUUAAUCUUUGUUAACAACCAAGAUUUUGCUCCUGUUUUAUUAAAAGAAAAUAAGGCUCUAGAUCUUGAUUAUUUAACUAUCUGCACACAUGCACCAUAUCAAAGUGCAUAUAAUUCUGUAAAAAGAAGCAUGGCUUUCUUAUCAGAAAAACUUACUGGUAUUACUCUGCCUAUAGAUGAAUAUGGUGUGCAUUUAGAUUCUCAAAAAAAUGUUGUCAAUAAAGAGUUAGCACAAUAUAAUUUUGAAUUUUCAGAAAAUAGGUUAUGUGAACUUUGGAAUAGAGAUAAUAUAUAUGAUAAACCUGUAACAGUAUACUAUGUUGAUCAAAUUAGUCAACCAUUUGGUGAUAUUAAUCAUCAGUAUUGUCAUGAAUACAAAACUUCUAAUGCAGCACUUUUACUGGUCCAAAAUAAUGGAUUCCUUCUUCCAAUUGCAAAGGAAUAA